AUGGCCCCGUCCUCCAGUGCGGCGGCGACAACGUCGGUCCAAGUCGCCCUGCGAAUACGGCCGACCACUAAACAGGACACAACCACCAUUCCGACGCGCUUUCAGCGCACUGUCAUUCAUGCAAAUUCAAAUCAAGUCGUUUCUGUAGAUCCAAUAAGUGUACAGAAUGUCAAUGGCGUCGGCGCUGGGCCAGUUGCUGCCCCGAGCACGCCAAGCAAGAAGCAAACAUUCGCGUUCGAUCAGGUUCACGGUCCCGAAACCUCGCAGUUCGACCUCUUUAGGGAUACAGCUGCUCCUCUUCUGUCUCGAUUCCUCGAGGGUUACAACUGUACAAUCCUUGCAUAUGGCCAAACGUCCAGUGGGAAGACGUACUCUAUGACUGGUAUUGAUCUUGAUGCCGAUCCCGCUGACCCUUCCAACGGAAUGGGCAUUAUUCCUCGCUCGAUUUCCGAGAUAUUCUCGCGAGCAGCGGCGUUAAAGGAAGAACGCUCCGGUGCUUGGUCAUACAGCAUCAAAGGUUCCUUCAUCGAGCUCUAUAACGAGGAAUUGAUUGACCUCCUUAGCUACGAUGACAUGAAUGGCGGUCGGCGCGAUGUACAAAUCAGAGAAGACAAGCACGGACAUAUCAUUUGGGAUGGGUUACGAGAAGUUUCCGUUCGGAAUUCGAACGAGGUCAUGAAUCUCAUUCGGCAGGGAACUGCUAUUCGUAGGACGAACGAGACGGAUAUGAAUGCACAGUCCUCACGCUCACAUGCAAUCUUCUCUUUGACCCUCACCCAGCGCAAGUAUACCGGGUCUGGUCUGCCUCCGCGUUCUGCUACGCCCUCUGGCACCGUUCGUUCGCCUUCACGCCUCGCUCGGCCUGCAUCACAUCAGUUCAACAGCAACACCGCCGGCUCUACGCGCGUUUCUUCGCCAACAUUUGGACGACCGCCAACUCCGAGUUUUGCUUCUGCUAUGGGUCGAGGUGGUGGGACUCUUCGUCCGUCGAGUGCCAUGGGUUCGCACUCUGCUGAUGGAAGAGCAAAAAAUGUAGAUGAUGACUCUGGCGAAUGGAUUACUAUUGUUUCCAAGUUCCAUUUCGUCGACCUCGCUGGUUCUGAGCGACUUAAACGCACCGCUGCCGCCGGUGAGCGUGUGAAGGAAGGUAUCUCCAUUAACAGCGGACUGCUUGCUUUAGGCAACGUCAUCUCUGCUCUUGGGGAUCCGUCUCGUGCCAAGUCCCAUACCGCAUCUCACGUCCCAUAUCGUGACUCGAAGCUCACUCGACUUCUCCAAGACUCUUUGGGAGGGAAUGCUCACACGCUCAUGAUUGCAUGUGUUAGCCCUGCAGAGUGGAACGCAGGAGAAACAAUCAACACUCUCAAGUAUGCAAAUCGUGCACGUAAUAUUAAGAAUAGAGCAGUCGUGACUGAGAAGGAGGAGGGUUGGGACGAUCUCGAAUGGCUUCAGAAUAUGGUCACACGUCUUCGCAAGGAAAUGAAGGGUCUCAAGGAAGGUAGCGCGGUUUCCGUACGUGGAGACGCUGGUGAAACGGAGGGUGCAAGCAAGAAGGUGCUGACCCAAAUGGUUGAGCUGCAGUCUAAUUACGAGGAUCUGCGGGCGAAGUUCGUUGAACGGACGGAAGAACUCACACGGCUUCGUCGCGAACUCGGCGAGCGGCAUCGUAAUUCUACUUCUGGAACCAUCUCAGGCACAGCAAAGUAUGAAGAGAUCGUCGGACCGGUCAUCGAGGAAUACGAGAAGACGAUCAACGCGAUGGAAGCUGAACUGAGCUUGAACCGUGCUGCCCUAAGGCAUACUAACGACUUAGUGGAAGAGAAAGAGGAAGAACUUGCGCAGCUCACGGAGCGGCACUCUGCGACGGAGAUGUACGUCGAAGAGCUGAAAAGUCGGGUGAGCAAACUUGCCGAACGCGAGGCGUCCACCGAAGCGUACAUCCGUGAUCUUGAGGAAAAGAUCAAGCUGCAGGAGGAUACAACAGUGUCAUCCAGUGAAUCUGUGACUGACCUCAAGCGCGAGAUAGCCAGGUUCAAGGAGAGCGAGGGACAAUCUGCUCAUUAUAUCGCAGAACUUGAGGGUCGUUUGGCACGCUGUGACGAGUCCAUCUUGACCCUUCGCUCUCAGGUGGAAAAGCUCGAAAGUGAGAGCGACUCUAAGCGAAGGGAGGUCGAAAUUCUGCAGGCCCGUCUUGACGGUAUCCUUAACGACGGUGAGUCAUGGCGAAGCGACCUUGAAGAUCGUGAGAAGCGUGUGCGGGAACUCGAGGCAAAGAUGGAGGAAUGGCAGUCGAAGCGCCUGGAAACCAACAACCAGAGGGCGCGUCUCGGCCAAAUCAAUUCUGAGGUGCAGCACGCUCGCCGCAGUCUCGAACUGGACAUGGCUCAAGCUGCGAAAGCUAUAAAAAUCGUGCAUCCUGAAUCAACAAGCAUUGACGAUGAACCUUCCGGCGAUGAUGACGAAUCUCUUCAGCAUCAGCUGAAGAAUCUGCGUGAGACUCACGCAGCCACUCUUGCCGACCUGUCUUCGGUAACAUCCAAGUAUCGUGAUGCAUUGAAAGAGAUAUCGGAUUUAGCGGCACAGAUCAAUGAAAUUAAGCUUGGUAGCCCAUCGGGCUCAGACGAGCUGGACCGACAGCCCGAGACGCCUAUCAGUACAACACGACGCCGGCCAGGGAUACGUUCUCGAGAACCGAGUGAAGGUCAUCUCAACACAACUGGUCGUCAACUUUUUUUCCGGCAGGCGGCCUCGACGGAGUCGCUGCGCUCGAGGUCGCUGUCGCAAUCGCAAUCGCUUUCGCAGGAGCUUUACUCGGCGCGUUCGCGCAUGCUUUCAUCACCUGAAAUCAACGGAGUUGGUAUCAGCGGCGUCACCCCUCCACUUGGACAUGCUAACCGGCACUCUCCUGGUGGUUUGCGGCCCAACCUGUCAAUCUCCUUGCCUAUCGGACCAGGUCACGAACGAUCUGUACCGAGUCUUGAGAAGGAAAUAAUGCGUCUCCAGGAAGUCCUAAAGGAGCGCGAAGCCGAAAUCACAAGCCUUGAAUCUACUCUAAAAGAUAAGGAGAAGCAGUCAAGCCGCCGUAGCGAAUUCUUAAGCAACGGUCAUCGUGAAUCGCGUGGUUCGGAUCUAUCGCCGCAGAUAAUGAAUCAAAUCAAUGCGAUUCGGAAGAGCAUGGAAAUUAGGAACCCGCCACCUGGUCUUGCGGCAGACAAUGAGCCUCUCGAUAGGCUAAAUGAACUCAUGUUGUCGAUGGCUCAGAAGGAAGCUCAACACCAUGAGGAAGUUGAGGAACUUAAUGAUCAACUCGCUCAGAUUCGUAGGCAAUAUGACGACCUUACGAAACUUUCGCGUGACCAGACCAUGAACAUGUCAACAGAGCUAGAUUCGCUUCGGACUGAACACCAGGAUGUCAUGGCCGAUCUUGACGCACUCCGGAAGCGCGAGGCUAGUCUUCUUGAGGAACGUACGCUCCUUGAAGAACAGCACGAGGAGAGUCUUAAGCAGUUAAAGGCGCACCAUGAGCAGGCGUUGUGCGACAAGCAGGCUGAAGUAGACGCCUUGCUUGAACGUGUCAAAGAAAGUUUGAAUGCGGAGCAAGAUGACAAAUUGAUUGAUCUUCAGAAACAGCUCGCCGACGCUUCCGAUGCUUUGACAAAGUCUCAUCACGAACAUGAGGCAUUCGGAAAAUUGAAGUCAGAACACGAGGAGGAGCUCCGGAAGCUAAAAGAAGACGUCGAUAGGACGCUCGCACAGGCACAGGAAGAGCACAAGGCGGAAAUUACGAAACUCGUUUCGGAGCACGAGGCGUUGGUGAAGGAGAAGGAAGAUACGCUCCACCGUACUGAGGAAGAGUAUUAUCAGGCCUUGAGCAAGCUUCGUGUGGAUCAUGCCGACGCUCUCUCGAGGAAGGACGCAGAGAUGCAAGCUGCUAUUGACCGUCUCAAGGAAGAGCAUGCUGGAGCGGUUAAGAUGGCAGAACUCGCAAGAGAAGGGUCUCUCACUGAAUCCCAGUCGCAGCAGGUGGAACUGCUGAAGCAGCUGCAGGAUGAACACGAUUCUGCAAUCGACAAGAAGGAGGUUGCCUUUGCGGAGGACUUGCGGAAGCUGAAGGAGGAGCAUGCCACUAUUCUCGAGAAGAAACAGCUUGAUCACUCGGCGUCCGUCGAACGACUGAAGUCAAAGCAAGCAGCUCGACUCGCGGAGCUUGAAGAAUCAAAGAACCUAGAGAUUGAAGCGCUGCAGAAGACAUUAGCAACAACACUCGAGCAACACGAUGAAGCGAAGCAAACCCUUUCUGCGGAGAAAGAGGCAGCUUUACGGGAACUUCAGCAGCAGCAUUCGAAUUUGCUUACGGACGUUCAGCGGUCUCAUGAGGAAAGUUUGUCCAAACUCAAGGAGGAAUUUCAGACAUCGUCGCAACAAGCUGAUGCUGCUCAUGAAGAGUCACGUAGAAAGCUCCAGGAGCAGCAUGCUGAAGAGAUUCUGAAAAUGAAAGCCGAGCACCAACAGAUUGUCUCUGAGUUUGAGAAUGCCAAUGUGGCCGCCCUGGACCAGCACCGCCAGGACUUGGAAAACGCACGUUCGCAGAGUGAGGCGCUUCUCGCGCAAGAGCGGGAUCGCUUGUCGAAAACUUUGGCCGAUGCCGAAGCAAACUUCUCGCAGGAACGCGAGACACUGCGCAAGGACCAUGAACUGCUGCUGGAAGAAGUGGCUUCAUAUAAGGCUGCUGCAGAUGAUUACGUUAUUGCACAGGAAGAGACGAGGCGAAUGCAUGCAGAUGCACUUGCAGAAAAGGACAAGGUUAUUGCGUCUCUGCGUGAAGGCUCGGAGGCAAUGCAGAUCGAGCGCUUGCGAUAUGAAUCCGAGCUCGAGGAUCUUCGAAAGGCGCUUGCGUUGUCAGAGACGGAGAACAAGAAGUUGUCGCAGACUGUAGCUCAACGCGAACGAGUGGCUGAAGAACUCGAACGACAGCGCACCCUGUUGAAUGAGACUCGAGCCGAGCUGCAAAAGACGAAGGAGCAUAGCAAGCACGAUGUUCCUGCCGGUUUACCUUCUCGACCUGGCCCCGACCGUCGCGCUGGUAUGUCGAAACUUCCGCCACUCACUCCUCCACCCUCCGUCCCGCCGCCGCCUGCACCGAAAUCCGUCCCUCCUUUGCCGUCAAGUGUACCUAUGGAUGUUGCGAACAGUGUAUCCUCGCAAUCAAAUACACUACGUAGUUCGGCUUCCUCCCGCGAAUCCAAUCCGGAAUCCCCUGCAACCUCGACGAGUGGCACCUCAGUUGCCGCAACUGCGACAGAUCCGAAGAUCUCGACUCAGCUUGAGGAGCAAGCGAAGCACAUCGAGGAGCAGGAGGUCAUGAUUAAGACCCUGAACAAGCAGCUGUCGCAUUGUGAGAGUGAUUUGCAAGCUCAUAUGGACCUCGUGUCAACGUUAGAGACCUCUCUUGGUGAUUCGGAGAAGAACUUACGCAAAGCUCGAAUGCAGGCCACCGAGCUUGCGAGGGAACGAGAUACACUCAAUACCCGAUUAGAUGCCAUGCGCCGUGAGCUUGAUGAAGCACGGCGCGAGCUUGCCGCUGUCCGACGAUCUGUGAUAGAAGAGAAGCAGUCACUAGAGAGCCGCCUUGAUGAGGAGAGGAGAGCGAAAGAACGGGUCCGACAACAACUUGACAUGCGCGUAGAGGAACUUCAGAAGCGCAAGUCGAAGUUUGUAUGCUUAUAA